AGCUCACUAAAUUUUAGUGUCACCCCUUUCUUGAAACCCGAGCCACUGACGAAGCUUAUGUGACUUUAGGACCGGGGUUCGCGAAUGAACGUGUUCAGUAUAUGAAUGCUAACCAUCGAGACAUAUGUAAAUUUGAGAACAUGGACGACCCUAAUUAUAUAACCCUCAAUAACGCACUAUCGAGUGCAGUAGAAGAUCUGUUGAAACAUGGUGAGCACAAGAAAUUCUUAUGUGAAUGGUCAAAGUUCAGCUACUUGCUAAUUUCGUAGGUACAGAUUCGAGGAACAGCUUAAAGAUGCCACGGGAACAAAUGAAAACCUUGAAGUCGUACCUUAGUAUCACAGAUCUCCCGGACGAAAAUUUUCCAGCAAUUGAUGGAUCUUGUCAAUGGAUUUAUUCUCGAAGUGACUUUCAAGAUUGGAGAGACCCCCCGGGCGACGGGGGAAAUCAAGAAGCAAAUAUCAGAGGCCCUUCAAUCUUCUGGGUUCAUGCCAAUCCUGGAACUGGCAAAACAUAUCUUGCGGCACAUGUCGUUUCCAAGCUUCGCCAAUUCCAACUUGAGUGUGCCUACUACUACUUCCACAUUGGCAACCAAGCUUCACGAUCCUUAGGCGACUUUCUACGAUCAACAGCUUAUCAAAUGGCGUUAUCAAGCGCUUCUAUUCGUCAGCGAUUAACCUCUUUGUACGAAGAAGGCUCAUCGUUUGAUUUGGACGAUGCGCACGCAAUAUGGACAAAAGUCUUUAAAAGGGGAAUUUUUCAGUCUCGACUCGACAACGCUCAAUACUGGGUAGUAGAUGCGGUUGAUGAGUGCAAUAAAUACGAAGAGUUCUUUGCAAUGAUCAGAGGCGAAAAGCCGAACUUUCCUCUCCGAAUUUUCAUUACAAGCCGAAAACUCCCGGAUAUGCAGAGGUUAUAUCGCCCUCUGGAAGGCUCUGUAUCUUUGACAUGUAUCGAAAUACCUGUCGAAGAUAGUAUGCAUGAUAUCGAGCAUUACAAUAGUAGCCGCAUUGAUAAUCUGCCAAUUGAUGCUACAGCAGACAAGCAGGAUCUUGCAAAUCGCAUUCUUCAAAGGUCCAAUGCUUGCUUUCUGUGGGUCCGGGUGGUACUAGAUAAACUUGAGCAAGUCUACUCGAAUGAGAGUAUCCCUCAGAUACUUCAGAGUAUUCCAGAGGGGAUGAUAGCAUAUUAUGAGGGGACUACUAAAGCAAUGGCGGAGCAUAAGUUGGAGAAACACAUUGCCCAAGCCGUUCUGCUAUGGUCCGUGGCAACUUACCGAAACCUGACCGUUUCGGAGCUCUUACAGGCGAUCAAACUGGAUAUCAACACUGUCCUCAUUAGCGCCAAAAGCGCCGUGGAAGGGGUCUGUGGCCAGUUAGUAUUCGUCGACGUUGAUUCUAGUGUGGUAAGCCUCAUUCACCCUACAGCUCAAGAGUUCCUCUUGACCGAGAAUGCGGGAGAGUUUCGUAUCUGUAUGCCGUCCGCACACGAAAGAAUUGCCAUGGCAUGCUUGAAGUUAUUAUGUAGCGUUGAGAUGCAACCACCUCGAAACCGUGGACGACUAAGCACGAGGGUAUGCCCAGAGGAACCAUCCCCUUUCCUUGACUACGCGAUGACCCAGUUUUCCGAACACAUAUAUAGCGCGUCUACGGAGAGCGAUAAACUUCUGCUUGCGAUGGAUAGGUUUUUCAGGAUGAAUGUUUUAUCCUGGAUUGAAAGGAUGGCUAUGAAAGGUGAGCUUCAUUGUCUAAUCAGAGCCUCGAAGAAUUUGAGGGCAUAUUUGGACCGUAGGGCCGGAUGUCGGUCACAGUUGAAGAAACAAGUUAAAAAUAUUGACGGCUGGUCCAUGGAUCUAAGCCGGAUAGUGACUAAAUUCGGCGACGUUCUCUUACAAGAUCCUUCAUCGGUUUACUUCAUUAUCCCGCCUCUCUGUCCUUUGAACUCCGCAAUCUACCAACAAUUUGGGAAAAUGCCCGACGGUCUGACGAUUGUAGGAUUCAAAGAUAGCGAAUGGGAUGAUUGUAUUGCGUCUGUCAGCUUUGGCGAGGAGAGCAUACCUGCGACGGUCUCCUGCGGAGAGAAUGUGAUCGCUGUAGGCAUGGAAUCUGGUGAUAUAAACCUUUAUAACCACCGCAGUUGCCAGAAGAUAGGGCAAAUUCGGCAACAAUAUCCCGUCGAUCUUCUGCACCUUACCAGCCGACACGUAGCGGCAUGCACGAUCCGAACUGUGGUGGUGUGGGACUCGAAAGGAAACCUACUAUGGGAAAAGAGGAUAAGGUUCCGCUGCAUCUUCUUGGACUCUUCUGGUGACUUCCUUAUUGCUAUAUCACAACAUGGACAUUUACUAAGGUGGGAUCUACUAAAUGGUACAUUACUUGAAGAUCGAACGUUCCCAUAUAGAAACCAUAAUGGCGACUGUGAAUCUGGGGGCCUGCUUGGAAAAGCUCCCUCGCUAGCCUCGAUAUCCCCUGACACGGAAAUGCUUGCUUUGGCGUACAGAGGUGGUACAAUCUGUCUCUGGGAUCUUCAUACUGGCGAACUGAUCGGCUGGGUUGUGGACGAGGAGAACAAGCUUGCUUCAAUCUUAUUGUUCAAUCCCAACCCUAAUAUAAACUUGCUUCUAGUCAUUUACACGAAUCACGACAUAUCACUCUACGAUACUUGGUCUGGGGAGCUUGUCAAUAGUAAUAAGGCAUCUAUUGAUAUGGGUAUACUGUCUGCCACAUGUUCCCCAGAUGGGAGAACACUUGCAACUAUUGACAUGCGCGGGAAUUUGCAGAUCUGGGACUUCGAGUCACUGUCCUUAUUGUACCAUGUCCUGUUGCCGGUAACAUCCUUUCGGAUAUUGAGUUUUGCGCCUGAUGGAUCUAGUGUAGUUGACGCAACAGACUCCACUGUGCGCAUCUGGUCUCCCGCUGCACUUAUACGAAAAGAUAUUGAGGAGGACCAGAGUGUUAACAAUGAAGCUGUUCGAUUACCCACCAUUAAGGGGCAGUAUGAGUCACUGAGGAUAUCAAGGAUCACUGCCCUUUGUGCUCAUCCUUCACUUGCCAUCGUCUUCGUUGGAAAAUACACCGGUCAAGUCAUUGCUUUCAAUACCCAGACCGGGAAGCAGGUCUCUGUGCUUUAUUCUCAUUCACCAACAGCGUUUGUCACAGAGAUAGUAGCGAGCAAAGAUAACUGCAUUGCCUCAAGUGAUGUAAAUGGUAAUUUGCAGGUUUGGAGGCUGAUUACAAGUCAACUGCCGAUGCUGAGAUGCGAGUCGCAAUUAUUACACACAUCUCUAUCUGGCCAGAUAACACAGCUCUGUCUCAGCGCCGAUGACAACUUUCUUCUGGUCGCAACAUCGCGCUCAGACGUUGUCUACUCUAUGAAGGAUAGUUCUUGUGUAGGAUCGUUAUCGUUCGAUCCCGAGAAGAGACAUGCAUGGAGAUGGGUUCAGGGGUCGACUAACGACAAUGAUGGGCAGUUUUACCUCAUCAACAACCAUGUCCUUAGACGCUAUAGCGCAAGUACUUUUCCGUCAACCACCGAUAACGCAGAAGUCCAUCUAAAAUAUGAAUUGCCAAGUGGUGAUGUGGAAACUCAGAUUCAUUCGGCAUUCAUUUAUCCCGAUCCACAUAUCCUUGUCCUCGAGGUCCAUUACAACUCAGGGUACCUCACUUCAUCAACUGUCUUUAUGUUUGACCUCAAAGACAUAUUCGGAAACGCGAAGACUAUAACGCCUCUUAAUGAUUUAUUAACCCAGUGUUCUCGAUAUUUCAUUGGAGUUAGUCAGCGAGCAAAGGCCUUCGUAUUUUUACAUAGGAACUCAUGGCUAUGCAGCAUCGACCUUGAAAACGUUGCCACCAGACAAUUCUCUCGGCACUUCUUCGUUCCAAAUGAGUAUAUUCCUUCAAUCUAUCAAACGCUUCCAACAAAGAGCGUUGACGAUAACUUCGUAUUUUGUCUUCAUGGGGAACUUGCCAUUGUCGAGAAUGGGCUAAAAUUCAGGGAAAUUCAGGUCAUGGAUCAUGAAAUUUGAUAUAAUAAGGGUAAAAAACAUGCCAUGGCCGUCUAUAUUCCCGUAGAAAUAAUUACAGAGAAAUCAAAACCCCUCCCUUAGCACUCCGUAUUUCCUAUACAAAUCUA